CUCGCUCUCAAUCAACCAACUUGAGCGAUCCUCCAUCACAAACGAGGUCAAAGUACACCGACCUGAACUCCUUAGCAAGGAGACCAACAACGCCAAAAUGGCACCAACACCAACGGCCCUCGUGGCCAAGUCCCUCUCUUCCGGCAGCGAAACGCUUGCCAACCUCGUCCCCCGCUACAUCCACCGUCAUCGUCGUCUCUCGCGCGGCGGCCUCAUCGGCGUAAUCGUCGCCAUCGUCGUCGCAUUGAUCAUCCUCGCCUUCUUCAGCUUCUUUUGUCGCAGAAGGAGAAUUCGCCGGUCACGACUUCACAUGCACCAGAACAUGCAAGAGACGGCAGCUGCUCCUGGAGGAUGGGCUCAUUCAUCCCACCAUCAUCAACCACCGCCGCCGCCGCCGCAGAAUCCGAACGGACUGAAUGCUUCUGGUGGAGGAUGGGCACAGCCUGGGACUUAUCAGCCGCCGCCGUAUCAGCCGGAUCCAGUUUACACCAAGCCGGGUGGGAACUACCAGUAA